UGGCGUCCCGGGGUGCGCUCGUUCACGUCGCCCCCCCCCCCCCCUCCCACGCACGUUCACGCGAACGAGAGCGUCACAAGCGCGCCACUUCAACACUGCGCCUCCUUUUGCGUGGAAAUCUGAGGACAGAUGUUUCGAUUUAAGUCCCUGGAUGAAGACUGUACAUUGGAGGAAGAAGAUGAGGGAUUGGCAGAAGAAGAUGAAAUUGAUCAGUUCAACGACGACACGUUUGGAGCAGGUGCCAUCGACGAUGAUUGGCAGGAGGAACACAAGCGCCUGGCUGAGCUUGAUGGGCUUGGAGAGGGGUUUGGGCUAGAAAGAGGUGGGAUGGGAGGUGAACUAGAUUUAGGAGUGGCUGAAGAGCCAUCCUCCACCUAUGUUUCAUCUUCAGCUGACCAUCUCCCCUUUCAGUCAUCCCUCUCUUCACCCCACCACUCUUCGUCCUCAGGCAGACCUCAGGCAGAUGUGGAUGAUGGAAGAAGGGAAGGUGACUUGGCCGAGUCGCUGGCAAGACUUGUCCUCGACGCUGACCCGGCAAUUGCUGGAGUUGGGACUGCAGAGAGGCCCGGUUUCUCCCACAACCACAGGUUGGAGCAUGACUCAAGACCCAAAAUUCUGCUUCAACCUUCCACCAUUUCGGAUUCAACUCGCACACACCAGCAAACCCCUGGGCCUCCCACAGGUCUUCCUCCUGGUCAUCUUCCCUCAUCAAUGCUCAGCUACCAACAACAACAACAUUUACUACGCUCGGGACCUGGUCAGAUGAACUCCCACAGUAUAUGGGAGAACAGUAUGGGCUUUGGACCAGUCAGUGUUACCCCUGGACUAAUUACACACAUGGAGGAUAGUCCGUUAAUGUCCAUAAUAAAGGAGGCGGGACUUCCGAAGCGACCAGCUCAGGGGAGAAACGAUGAAGGACGGGAUUUGUCAGAAAGAGUUCCACCUCCACGCUCUUCCUCUCCUGUGAUUGGCUCCCCCCCAGUAAGGGCGGUGCCUAUUGGGACUCCGCCCAAGCAACCAAUGAGUCACACCUUAAAUCAUCAGAUCCACCAUCCCACAGCAGUUCAUGUGAGAGCCCCGAUUCAGCACAGAUACCCGCCUCCUUUCCCGGAACGUCUGUCACCAAACACGCUACUCAAUUUAGCUAACUCGCCUCUGUAUCGUGGACCAUUUCCUCCAGGAGUCGGUCCUGUGCUUUCACAGAUUCAAAGAGCCCAGCUUCUUAACUCUCAGGUGGCAGGUGUUCACCGUGGCAGUCCAAUGCCUCCUUUGUUACCAGGCGGAGGAAGUUUCAGGCCAUUUUUCGGUGGCCCACACCCUCCCCACGGUCAUCGAAUGGGUCCCCUGCCCCAUCUUGGCCACCCUAACCACAUGCCGCCCAUCAGACACAGUGCUACCCACCUACACCCCCAACAUCGCCGCAUGCUCACCCAGCGCAUGCAGAACAGAGGAGGGGACCAUACCAGGACUGGAGGGGACUGGCACAGCAGGGAUCCAUACAGUAACUUGAUGACUCAGAAAGAGAAGGAAUGGGUCACUAAAAUUCAAAUGAUGCAGCUUCAAAGUACUGACCCUUUCUUGGAUGACUACUACUAUCAGAACUACUACGAAAAGAUGGAAAAACGUCAGGAGAGAGAAAGAGACAGCAGUAAAAAAGAACACACGACCAAGCUCAUUACUCCACAAGUUGCCAAGAUUGAACACACCUACAGACCAGUUCAGUUUGCGGGCUCUCUGGGUAAGCUGACUGUGUCUAGUGUCAACAAUCCACGCAAAAUGAUUGACGCUGUGGUAACAACUCGCUCAGAUGAUGAGGAAAAGAGAGAAAAGCAGGUUUGGAAUAAGAGGCGGCAAAUUCUGUACACAGUGGAAAAGAUCUACAGUUUGCUUCUGGAGGUUCAAGACUUUGAGAAACGUUUUGUCCAUGCACCAGAAGAGGACAGAGAGGUUUUACUCGAGCAGCACAAAACCAACACCAUGCAGCUGUGUAACUCUCUGCAAGAAAAAGAUUGGGACGACAGGGUGAGCGAUGAUCGGUGUGUGAUGAUCAUGUCAGUGAGGAAGGGCAAGCGGCUCAUAUCCAGGCUGCUCCCCUAUCUGCCCUCCUCUCAGGCUGCUGCCGUUGUUACGGCGAUUGCCCGCAACCUGCCCACCUUAGCCAAGAAGGACAAGCAAGACCAGGUGCUGUGCUGGUUGGUGGAGCCAGUUUCUGCUGUGAUCAUGUCCAUGUCCAGUGCUGCCCUUACAGACCUGCUGCAGGAGCUCCAGGGCAGUGAGGGUCAACUAGCCACAGUACUACAUAACAAGUUUGGUGUUACGCUGCUCUAUCUGAUCUUGAGUAAAGGAGAGAGGAUGCAAAGUUCUGACCCCAACUGUCAGCUCAUGGAUGACAAUCGAUGGACAGAGUUGGUGUUUUCUGUGACCAGGGAGUUGCUGAGCAUUCCCUCUACGUCUCUCUCUUCUCCUCUUUUUACGCCUCCCAAUUUGCUCUUCCUCUUCUCACGCUACGUGGACCGCCAACGCUUGGACUUGUUACAGGAAAAACUACAGAUUUCCACUUUGUCCCGGUAAAAGUUUCUGCAUCGUCAUCAACAAAGAAGCUUCCUGAUAUAUUGCGGACAUGUGUGUGUGUGUGUGUGUGUGUGUGUGUGUGUGUGUGUGUGUGUGUGUGUGUGUGUGUGUGUGUGUGUGUGUGUGUGUGUGUGUGUGUGUGUGUGUGUGUGUGUGUGUGUGUGUGUGUGUGUGUGUGUGUGUGUGUGUGUGUGUGUGUGUGUGUGUGUGUGUGUGUGUGUGUGUGUGUGUGUGUGGCAUUGUGAUGACUUGUUUUAAUCCAACUGCUUCUCUUGCCCUUUUUUCCUUGUUUCUUUUGUGCGAGUGCGUGCGUGUGCAUUUUUUAAUGGAACCGAGUCGACUAAAUGAGAUUGAGGAUUUUUGAAUGAUAGCUAUGAAAUCUGCGUUUUUAAAUAUAUUGUUUUAAAAUUGAACCCUAAAAUUAAAAGUAUUUCUAUGAUAUCAAAUGUGCACUGCUAUUUUCUUGUCCCGUUGCUUUGAGUGCAGUUCUCUAACACCGUAAAGCUGACAAAUAUGUCCAACUAAUCGAUCACCUAAACUCGUCUGCUUUAAGUCUCUUUGUAAAUUAUUAUUGGCGUGUACAUUGUGUGUAACUGUCUUUUUAAAGUCAACUGUACAUGUGGUUUUCAAUAAAUGUACCUUUUUUUUUUUAGCGUAUACUUUUUUUCUAAGUUGACAUUUGUUUGGAAUAUCAAAAUAGUUCCGCAAUAAAUACAAAUAUUUUCUUAACAAAGGAUAGUGUGCAUGGACUAUUCAUAAGGUGUCAACCUGCCCCUCAGCCAACUUUGUAAUCAAGCGGCUACACAACAGCUAAGCACACUGCUGUGUGGUUCCAAGACCUCCUGCCUUAUGAAGACCAUGGAGUGGAUUAUCCUCACCCACCUGCAUUUUGCUCACUGUCCAAGCUUCAGGGUGGAUGACGCCAUCAUCUACCUGCUGCAUCGGGCCGUCACCCACCUCUA